AUGAGUGGCGGUACGCUAUCGGAUGUCUACCAGCAAGCUCGCGUCUCCCUCUUCAAAGUACGCGAUGGUUUGGAGAGGCUAGAGCGCUUAGAAUGCUCCACCAGUAGCAGUAGCAGUAGCCCCCGCGAUGGGACUCUCUCCGGAUCCGAGAUCACCCAGUCAGUGAAGCGUGAUCUAGGCCAACUCCAGAAGUAUAGCGAGGAACUCGAUCAACUGUGGCGGCUCCAGCUCCAAAAAUCUCAGCGAGACUUGUGGAAACGGAAAGUAGAACAGGUCCUUGAGGAAGCUGAUUCCUUGAGGCUUGGACUGGAAAAGUAUCUUGGUCGCCAGCAUCGACGUCAGAUAGAGGCACAAGAGCGAGCGGAUCUUUUCAGGAGAAUGAAUGGAGACUCGGCACAAGUGCUCCAAAUCUUUGACGAUGAGCAGCAAGCUAUGCGAUCCUUGCAACGCUCGUCCAAUAUGCUCGAGGAAGCCAUGGCCGCUGGAGUGGCAGUUCUUUCGAAGUAUAGUGUCCAGCGUGACCGUUUAAAGAGUGCUCAGCGUAAGGCAUUGGACAUUCUCACAACGGUGGGAUUAUCCAACGCUGUUUUGAGAGUUAUAGAGAAGAGACAUCGCAUUGACAAGUGGAUAUCCUACACGGGAAUGAUCGUAACGAUUGUUGUGGUCAUUGCGGUGUGGAUGUGGGUACGCUGAGCCGAUAAUAUACGAGGGUGCCAUUUAUAAUACUCCUUGUUUUUUCUUCUCAAAGGUUUCUUUGUUUUGUUUGUUUGGUUUUGUCACUUCUAGGUGCGAUAAUAAGAUGGCUCCAUUAAGACGUCGAUAUGAAAGUGCAGUAUCCAUCGAGGACAAGUCCUUGCCAGAUGGAGAUGGCCAGGAGCAUUAAAUUGAAACUCGGCAGUCAUCGUCGAGAACAAACUUGUGGGGAGCUGGCUUCUAAUAAUCUCGUGGCCCAUUUCACUGAGAUGUGAGGUCCAUCGUGGUUACAGCGAAAGCUGGCCGAACGGACUUCACUCCGUGGGUUGCGAAGUCUUUGAAACCGUGGGGACCGGUGCUGCCACUGCCAUAAUUUCGAACGAAUGGUCGGGUGGCUUUCAUCUGA